AUGAGCACGCCGUGGCCUGCCUCGACCAGAAACGACUCGAAGCGUAUCCGCAUCACAGCUUUGACACGAGGGAGCAAUCGCAAACAGAGUCCGUUUGUGCACUCAAGUAUAUCCACGUCGAACCUGAUUGAAGUCGCGAGUUCUCCUCGGUCGCGACCUCGAUCGACCAGCCCUUCCCUGAAAAAGUUUUCUGCUGAUCUCAAGGCAGGUGACAUCGAUUAA